CCGUCACAAGUCAGUGGUCGUGUCUCUAAAUGACUCGGAUGACAGUGACUCAGACGUGGACGCCUGCAGCUCGUCUCAGGUGGCGUUUGGAGGACUGGAGUUCAUGAUCAAAGAGGCGCGGAGGAGCGUGGAGGCAGCGAAGCCGAAGGCGGCGUCGGGCUCCGAGAAGGAGAACAACCCUCUGAGGACGGCGGAGACGCCGCCUGAGCCCCGCAGAGCCGAGCACCGUGCGCUCAGAGACGACGUCGUCAGUAGGGAGAAGCAGAAGACGCUGAAGGAUCACAGUCCGAGUCCUCGCGGCUCCGCCUCCCCCGCUGUCUCCGAGGCUGUCCCCGAUCUGUCUGUUCUGUCCUCUGCAGAGCUGAAGGCGUCCGAGGCUGAGCAGAGACUCAACAAACACAGGGAGCUGCUGCAGAGGGACGAGGCCGUCCUGAGACAGCUGCUCCAGCAGGAGCUGAAGAAGAGGGAGUCUCUGAAGACGGCGGAGACCAAAGUGUCCAAACUGAGAGAGCAGCUACAGGCGUCCGAGAAGAUCGUCAGCGCCAACAGGACGCUGCUGAGGAAGCUGCAGGAGCAGGUGCACCGCGUCAAACACCGGGUGUCCAUAAAGAGGGGCGUGGCGUCGCGGCUGGAGCAGGAGCUGAUGCAGGCUCAGCUGGCCGCGGGCCGAGGAUCCAAGCGCAGAGCCGACUGCGGCGGGACUGCGGCUGCGAAGCUGCGGCGGGUGGACGGCGCUCACUUUGCGGAGCUGAUGGCUCAGAAGCAGCGUCUGCAGCAGCUGGAGUCGGAGUACGCCCUCAAGAUCCAGAAGCUGAAGGAGGCGCAGGCUCUGCACCACAGAGGAGUCCCCUCAGACCUGUCCACUGAGACGCCGUCCAUGGGGACGCCUCCCCGAGCCCCCUCCCCUCCAGAGCUGCAGACCCAGCUCCCACCUCCCUCCGCUUCCUUCCCUCCCCCACAGCCCUCCCUACACGACCUCACCCAGGACAAGCUCACUCUGGACAGCGGGGACAUCCCCGAGACUGAAGACCACGAGACGGAGUCGGCUCCCGCCGCUGCUGCCAGAGGGACUCGCCGCAGCUCCCUGCGUCAGUCCAGCUGCUCCUUCACCAAACCCAACCUGGAGCAGCUCAGCUCCCCGCCAGCCAAAGACCCUGCCCCCAAACCUGCCAAGUCCUCCGCCAGGUCCCCCGAGUCCUCCGCCCAGACCGCCGCUGUGUCCUCCUCGCAGUCCUGCAGCAGCUCCUGGCAGCCCGCGGAGGUGUGUGCGGGGCUGGACGUGGACGCUCUCAGGCGGAGGGACCAGCAGUUUCCCCGUCUGGGACAGUGGCUGCUGAGCGAGCUGCAGAGACUCGGGGGACACGUCUUUGCCCCCCCCAAGGGACAG